UGUGAGAACUCUGGCCGAGACUCAUACUGUCUCUCAGAGCUUCGUGUCCGUACACGUUGUGGAUACUCCUCAGUUGUUUUAUUUGUGUUUUAAUCAUUGGUUUAAUUACGGUUUCGGUACGUUGGCCGACGAAACCUGCUCGUACCGUGCGCUGCUUCCUCUGGUCCAUGGUCUGAAUUUUGCCAAACACUGGAGGAGAGAAGGUGAAAGAUGACGCAGUUUCUACCGCCGAACCUGCUGGCCCUGUUUGCUCCGAGGGACCCCAUACCUUUCCUACCACAAUUGGAGAAGCUACCCCACGAGAAACAUCACAACCAACCCUAUAGUGGCAUUGCACCCUUCAUCAGGCACUUCGAGGACCCUAGAGAUGCUCCUCCACCAACGAGAGCAGAGACCCGUGAAGAGCGUCUGGAGAGAAAGAGACGAGAGAAGAUCGAGAGGAGGCAAACGGUAGUGGAGACAGAGCUCAAGCUUUGGGAUCCCCACAAUGACCCGAAUGCUCAAGGGGAUGCCUUCAAGACGUUGUUUGUCGCACGCGUGAACUACGAUACUACAGAGUCCAAGCUUCGUCGUGAGUUUGAGGUCUACGGCCCCAUCAAACGGAUUUACAUCGUCUACAACAAGAAGACGGGGAAACCUCGCGGCUAUGCAUUCAUUGAGUAUGAGCAUGAACGGGACAUGCACUCCGCCUACAAGCAUGCAGACGGGAAGAAGAUCGACGGCAGGAGGGUGUUGGUGGACGUGGAACGAGGACGCACUGUCAAAGGAUGGCAUCCUCGCAGGCUAGGAGGUGGAUUGGGCGGCACUAGGAGAGGUGGAGCUGAUGUCAACAUCAAGCACUCUGGUCGAGAUGACGCAUCUCGUUACGAUGAACGUCCCCUGGGAGCCGAGCGUGACCGUGGGGAGCGGAGAGAGCGCAGCAGGGAACGCGACCGCGACAAGGACCGCGAGCGGCGCCGCAGUCGAUCCCGCGAGCGGCGCAGGCGCACACGUUCUCGGGAAAGGGAGAGGGAGAGGGAGAGGCCGGCCGUUGCGGGAGAGGAGGUCGCCGUUAGUAACCGGCGUCGCGAGCGAGAGAGGGAACGAGGCGCGGCGCCGGGAGGAGACAGCAGGAGUAGGGAGAGGAGUCGAGACAGGAAGAGGAGGAGCAGGAGCCGGGACCGCAAGCGAGACAGGGAGAGGGGGAAGGGGCUGGACGGGGAGGAGAUCGGCCAGGGAGACGGCGCGCCCGAGGCCGGGGAGCGAGUGCUGGAGGAGCACGAAGGAGGAGAGGUCGGUGAGGGCAUGGAGGAGCGGAGGGACAGGGACAGAGAAAGGGACAGAGACAGACGGCGUAGCCACAGGGACAGAGACAGGCGCAGGGGAGACCGAGACAGAGACAGGGAGCACAAGAGGGAGAGGGGAGAUAGAGACAGGGGGGACCGGAGAGAGGAGCGCCACGGCUCCCUACGAGACGACAUGGGCCCUCAAGAUGAGAUGGCCAACGAGGAUGAUGGAGGAGCGCCCCCGCACAUGGAGGAGUACAGUCAGGACGGGAUGAUGGACCAGCAGUCGGUCCCGUCGGCCGACGGCUACGUCUCCAGCGAGAACGGCUACAAGAUGGAGGCACCAGGAGAUGAGUAUUAAGUUGGCCCCUCCCCCCAGGAGACUCCCACUCAUAAAUAAGUUGUUUCAUAGUGUACUUUGGUCCUUAGCUUCGUGCCGAGGCCGUCACGAGUAUCAGAUAUCUAGCUAGCUUCCCUGUCGAUCUGUUGAAAUAUUCCAUUCGUCAUCAUUGCACGCACACUUGAUGCAUCGAACAGAUUUGAUUGCUCUGUAAGUGGCAGUUUUUCUGUAUUGCCCAACUAAUCCGUGCCACUAAAUGUUAUCAGGUUAACACAGUGAGACUAUGUGAUGGUUUUUCCUCUCUCUUUUGACAGAGGAAGAACUUAAAAAAAAAAGAAAAAGAAAGAAGAUGAAUUGGUUCUAAGAUGGGUACAUUGUGUUGUCUUUUUGUUUCCAGACUCGUGGAGCAGUUAGAUUGUAACGCUCAUUUGGACCCAAAAAACAGAUUUGUGUAUUUGAAUUUGAAAGAAAUGUGGUAUUGUGACGAUUUGGGGGCUGUUCUGUUCAUUCUGUCUGGAAUCAGUUUUUUUUUUUUUUUUUUUAAUUAAAUCUGCUGUUUGUUAGAUUUUCAGGAUCAUUUUAAUAAAGAUGUGACUUAAAGCCCAA